AUGAAAGAGUAUUCCGUUUUUUACGACUAUACACUCUAUAUUGAUGUAUAUUCAUUGGAGACUCGGUCUUGGAGGUCACUUGGGAAACCAUUUGAAAUCAAAACCUCAGACUAUUCGGGGCUCGCAAAUGGAGUCUUUUGUAACGGCUCGAUUCAUUGGAUUAAUAUUAGUGGGCUUUCGUUCCGCUUUGAUGUUGAUCAUGAGUAUCUUGAAAGAUUGCCGAUGAUUCCGGUUUCGGGGAAUAUUAGGGAGAGGAAGAAUAGGUACUUUGGUGAGUCUAAUGGUCAUUUAUUUCUUAUAGAGAAUUAUCAGACUGUGAGAACACAAUUUGAUGUUUUUGAGAUUGAGAGGGACUACUCUAAAUGGUUUGUGAAGUAUCGCGUUGAUCUUGUUGGAAUUGUAAAUGCAUUUCCAGAGAUGGAUGCUUACUCCAUACUUAAUCUUGUACGAGAAGAGGAUGAAGAUGAGUCAUCGCUGCUGUUGCACGUACCCGAGAUUUUGAUGGCUGCCUCUGGCAUCAUGUCGUGCCAUAAUGGUAGUUUUAUCAAUGAUAUUAGACGUAAUGCCAAUUGGUAUGUCCAGAUCACAUCAUUGGAUGCAUUAUUCAAUGUUGGUGCUGGAAAUUGUGGGGACGGUGGUGAUGGUGCCAUCGGUGGGGAUGGCCAGGAUGCUGGAGGAGUUGAUUUCGAUUGUGCCACAAAUGGGUUCGCGAUGGCGAUGGCGAUGAAGACGGAUAUGGAUAUUGAGUUGUUUUGA